UAUAUCCCUCGGCUUUUCUUCUUUAUUCCCGUCCUUGCCUGCGUCGCCUUUCGCCUGAAUCUCCUUCUCCUGAAUCUCCGCUAUAUCUGGUCAGAUCUUAACAAUCCCAAGCAUCUGUAUAUCACCCAUGGCGCUUGGCUCAGGAGGAUCGAGUGUCGUAGUCCCUCGGAACUUCAGAUUGCUGGAGGAACUUGAACGUGGAGAGAAAGGUAUUGGAGACGGCACUGUCAGCUAUGGAAUGGAUGAUGGAGAUGACAUUUAUAUGCGCUCCUGGACUGGCACAAUAAUUGGCCCCCACAAUACUGUACAUGAAGGUAGAAUUUAUCAAUUGAAGCUCUUUUGUGAUAAAGAUUACCCAGAGAAGCCUCCAAGUGUUCGAUUUCAUUCACGGAUCAACAUAACUUGUGUCAACCAUGAAACUGGAGUGGUGGAACCGAAAAAGUUUGGGCUUCUUGCGAAUUGGCAGCGAGAGUAUACCAUGGAGGAUAUUUUGACGCAGCUGAAGAAAGAGAUGGCAGCCCCGCAUAACAGGAAGCUGGUCCAACCUCCAGAGGGUACCUACUUCUAGCUCAGAAGAUCAUAUAUAUAUUAUGGAUUAUAAUGCUUUUGCAAUAUGCUAUAUGUAGUUUGUAAUCCUGUGUUGAUCUUCUGAAAUCUUGAACUUGUAGGGGAGUGCCUAAAAAGCUUUUCCCCUUUGCCUUCAUGGAUGCAUUUCUUGUACCUUCUUUUAUAAAAUUGUGCUGAAAGGAUGCUGUUUGAUUAAUGUGAUUUAUAUGCUUGCAAAAUGUCAAAAAAAUUGCCCGUUGAAUUGUA